AUGGACUUUGAACAAAUGAUGGAGCAAAUGGAGAGACGUUUCCAAGGCAUGCUAGUACCCAUUCAAGAUGAGUUGCUGCAACUCCGAGCGUCUGGAACACCAAAAACCUCUAAGUCUACACGAAGGCGAAGAGACGUGGAGGAAUCCGAUGAUUCCAACAAUGAUGAUGAUGACGAGGAACCUCCCAUUCGGGCAAGGCGAAGGAACCCGACUGGACCCGCUGAUGUAUUCAAGGGGAUCAAAAUGAAAAUCCCUGAAUUCAGAGGACGGUCCGAUCCCGAGGCCUUUCUCGAAUGGUUAUCCAAGAUCGAAAUGGUCUUUUCUUGUCAAAACUACACCGAGGUGCAAAAGGUGCAAUUGGCAACCAUGGAAUUCACUGAGUACGCGGUGGUUUGGUGGGACCAAAUCAAGAAGUCUAGGAGGAGAAAUGGGCUCCCUGAGCUCGUUCCAUGGCCCGAGCUUCGAGCCAUGAUGCGCACCCGCUUUGUACCUGGACACUAUACUAGGGAUUUGUACCACCGACUGCAAACUCUAAUCCAGGGCAACCGGAGUGUGGAUGAGUACCACAAGGAGAUGGAGAUCCUGAUGCUUAGAGCGGAUGUACAAGAGGAUCCCGAGGCCACCAUGGUGAGAUUCUUGAACGGGUUAAGACCCGAUAUCGCUGAACGAGUGGAACUUCAACACUAUAUGGAGUUGCAUGAGCUUGUUGACAAGGCCGUUAUGGUCGAGCAGAGGCUCAAGAGGAGGGGUACUACUCGAUCGAAUUUCGGCAACACCACCUACUCUACCAACCGCCCAUUCCAACCACGGAAUGAUUCUCGGCCUUUGCCAAAUGCUCCUACACCAAAGCCGAGAUUCGAGGGAGGUAAGGUAGGCAACUCUAAUGUUGGUAAACCACCCCCUUCUGCCCCAAAAUUUGAGGAGCCUUGGGCACAAACUAGAGAUCAUGAUACUCGAUGUUUCAAAUGCCAAGGUAGAGGCCAUAUUGCUAGUCAAUGUCCCAACCAAAGGACUAUGAUUAUGAUGCAAAAUGGUGAGAUCGUGAGUGAGGACGAAGCCGAGUACGAAGGCAUGCCACCCCUUGAAGGAGGUAGUGAUGGGGAGUCACCGAAUGAAGAAGAAUUUAGUGCACCCGAGGGUCACUUUGGGACCGCCUUGGUUGCAAGGAGAGCUUUAACUGCACGUGUUAAGGAGGACGAGCUUCAACGGGAGAACAUCUUCUACACUAGGUGCUUCGUCAAUCAAGCACUUUGUAGUGUGAUUAUUGAUAGUGGGAGCUGCACAAAUGUAGCUAGUUCACUCAUGGUGGACAACUUGAAACUGCCUACAAGGGAUCACCCGCGACCUUACAAACUCCAAUGGCUCAACAAUUCUGGGGAGGCUAGUCACAUUAUACUAGGUAGGCCGUGGCAGUUUGACAGGCAGGUAACUUUUGAUGGUGUGACUAAUAACAAAGAAGUAGCUCUGAAUGUGCAUGAACUUGAUAUUGACAUACCUCUCGAGGUUAAGUCUCUUUUACAGAAAUAUGCUGAUGUCUUCCCCGAGGAUGUGCCAAGUGGAUUGCCGCCACUUAGAGGCAUUGAGCAUCAAAUUGAUUUCAUCUCUGGGGCUUCAUUGCCAAAUCGACCAGCUUACAAGAGCAACCCGGAGGAGACUAAGGAGUUGCAAAGGCAAGUGGACGAGUUGCUUGGCAAAGGAUGGGCACGUGAGAGUUUAAGCCCGUGUGCUGUUCCAGUCAUUCUGGUGCCCAAGAAAGAUGGUACGUGGAGGAUGUGCACCGAUUGUAGAGCCGUCAAUGCCAUUACGGUAAAGUAUCGCUACCCUAUACCUCGCUUAGAUGAUAUGCUUGAUGAGUUACAUGGAUGA